AUAAAGACUUCCAUAAAGCCCAAUUUUAUCCCCAUUUAAGUCAAAGUGACACCUGUCACCGUACAAUGCUCCAAAUCCCCUCACCGCUCCCAUGGGUCUCUCUAUCUCCGGCUUAUUCCACAAACUCUUCUCCAAGAAGCAACUGCGCAUCCUCAUGGUGGGCCUCGACGGCGCCGGCAAAACCACCAUCCUCUACAAACUGAAAUUCGGCCAAGUCGUCACCACCAUCCCCACCAUCGGCUUCAACGUGGAGAUGGUCGAGUACAAGAACAUCACCUUCACCGUCUGGGACGUGGGCGGCCAGGACAAACUGCGCCGCCUCUGGCGACACUACUUCCAGCACACCCAGGGCAUCAUCUUCGUCGUGGACACCAGCGACCGCGAGCGCAUCGACGAGGCCGGCAAGGAGCUGCAGAACCUCAUGGUGGAGUACGAGCUCCAGAGCGCAGUCCUGCUCGUCCUGGCCAACAAGCAGGACCUGCCGGUGUCCAUGACGGCGGCGGAGAUCGCCGAGAGGUUGCAGCUCGACGGCUUACGAGGGCGCAAGUGGCACAUUCAGGGCAUUUGCGCGCUCAAGGGCAAUGGGUUGUACGAGGGGUUCGAAUGGCUGUCGCGGGAGUUGCUUUAGUUGCUUUAGGGGUUGUUAUCGGCUGCUGCUCGAGGUCGUUGCGGGAGGGUGGUCGGGGGUGGCUACUUACCUUAAGAGUCUUGUUAUGUAGUCGGGCCAGUUGUCGGGGAACAUGACGAGGAAAAAUCCUACGGCGAUCAAGAUCAUCCCUGCCAGUUUCAUCCCUUCGAAGUUAGCACCAUAUAACACUACGUCCAGUGCUAGAAACAGUCGAGUGUACUUAACGUGUUUAGCGGCAAUAAAUCUAAUUUAUGGGUGUUAUUUUA